CGGCAGCCACCCAGCAGGAUGGGUUCGUCGCAGCCCGAUUCUGAUCCCUUCCAAAUGCCCUUCGGAUAUGCCGUCGAUGGCACCCAAGAGCCCAUCUUCGAUGCCCCCGAACCUGCGCCUGGGGCCCCCUUGCUUAGCGAAACAGAUAGCAAGUUCCUAAACGACUUUUUCGACGACAUGACUGCGAAUCAAUACAACAUGCCUUCAUUCGGCGAAGGCCUGAACUACCAUGCCUUGUUCGACCUGCCUCCUCAGCUGAUGGGGACAGCAACCUCAUAUGGCUCUCAGCCGACGACGCCUCUCGGCCACGAAUCGCAUUUAGACUACUCGAUCGACUCGCAUAAUUCACAUGGAUCCACGUCUGGAUCACACCUAAUGCCACCGCCACCGCCGCCGCCGCCGCCGUCUCACCCUCAUCCUCAUGCUCUCUCCCAUCCUCAUGCCUCUCAAUCCGCUUCUUACCAACAACACCCCUCCGACGAUGUCUUGAAUGCCGCUGCCACGCUGAUGCAGAACGGAUCCGGGCUACGCGGAGCGCACAAAACCAACGACCCAUCUGCUCCGCGACGAUCUCUUGGCCCUCCGGUCGGCCACCUCCGCCACCAACCUCUAGAAGAGUUCAGAGAAGAGAGCCGGAGAGGCAUGGUGCAGACCGAAGUUGAUAAUACUUUUACAGAAUGGAUGUGGGGUUCAAAGGGACGCCAAAAUUCCGCCUCUCGUCCGAUUUCUGUAGAUUACCAAUGGGGCUCAGAUUCCAACUUCAAUCUUGGACAAGGCUACACACCCGAAGCGAACAAAGAGACAGUUGAGACGAUGCAGCAAGAGCAGCUCAAGUGUCUCGAAUGCCUGGAACCUAGCCAGAGCGCUGCAACAACUCGUCCAAGCAGUCCAGCAAAUACUCAGUCUACGUUUGCGCAAAACAUACAUCGGGAUACAUCUGAAACAAGAGAAAAGCCGGGUGAGGACGGUGCACCGCCUCGUAAGAGGCGAAAGAGCAAAAUCAAGAAGGAUACUGGAGACGAUGACGAGAAUGAAAGUACCAACGGCACAAAGUCCGCUGCAGCAAAGCGAAGAAAAGCAAAGGGAGAACGAAAUGGAUCCAUCUCAUCACCUCUUAUCGACGCCAGCAUAGGAGGUAAGCGGCGAAAGUCGAAUGCAAACGCAGCCAAGGCGGCAAGAGAAAACUUAUCGGAAGAGCAAAAACGAGAAAAUCACAUUCGCAGCGAGCAGAAGCGCCGAACUCUGAUAAAGGAAGGCUUCGACGAUCUGUGCGACCUUGUCCCCGGACUAAAAGGAGGCGGCUUUAGCAAAAGCACCAUGCUUACAAUGACAGCAGAGUGGCUAGAAGAAAUACUAGUGGGAAAUAGAGAGCUUGCCGCUCAGCUCGCCGCUCUCGAAGGACGAUGA